AACAUGAUUUAAAAGGAAUUCGAUGCCACGCCCAUUUAAUAAUGGACCCUUAAUGCGUCAUUAAUAGUUGCGUUUAAAGAAAGACGUUAACUAUCUUAUUGUAGAAGCUCAUUUUGCCCACAUGUCACAUGCUUCUGUAGGUUAGCGUUUCAUCGACUACAGGUUGAGGAAUUUGUACCUUCAAACAUGCGUCACCACAGCGUCCUCGUUCUAACAAUGUGCGGGCUGGCUCUCACUCAGUGGACUGUUGCAGGCUUCCCAUCGUGUCAGGAUAACAGUCCAGAUUAUUAUUGUAGAAGUAUCUCCUGCAAGCAACCAGGAAGUGGGGAACUGUGCCAGAAAACAUGCGGUCUUUGUCCAGAAGACUGCAGAUCGGGAUACUUCAAGGAUGGUUCCUCGUGCGGGAAAUGCAAGGAUGGCGUCGAUGUACAGUCAGACGACUAUAGAAGGAAAUGUGAUGUUCCCUGUAACCAUAGCAACACGUGGGGCGCAGACUGUCGAACUCGAUGUAGUGAAGGAUGUAGGAAUCAAACAUGUCACCGGUGGAGAGGACACUGUCUCCAAAACUGCAAGCCAGGCUACUAUGGGUCUACAUGUGAAUUACAUUGUGACGGGUGCAGGUCGUGUGGAGACCGAGGUGAUACUUGUGACAAUGAGGGGAGGUGCUUGUGUGGCUGCAUGAGAGGAAAACGAGGUGACAAAUGUGACCAAGACUGUCUACACUGUGAAAUGUGUUCAGGAAAUAACUGUACAUGUCAAGAAGGAUUCCGGGGUGCGUUGUGCAGAGAGACCUGCGUGAACUGUAAGAGUUGUAAUGUAGCCAACUGUAUAUGUCAAGACCGGGGUGCUUCCAGUGAGACCUGCGUGAACUCUGCGAGGACCAACUUUGUCACGGUAACGGAACCUGUGAAAGAUGUAAGCCCGGAUUCUAUGGAGACCGUUGCAGGACCACAUGCAGCACUGACUGUCGUAACCAGACAUGUGACCGGAGUGGAACUUGUGGAUCCUGCAGAGUUGGGAACUUUGGGGACACGUGUCAGCGACAGUGCAGCUCCAACUGUGUGA